AUGGAGAACAAGGCGAUGUACCUGACCACGUAUGAGGAGCAGGAGAAUGGUUCCUUCUAUGAGGAGGGCUAUGAUGGACGGAACCUGUCCAAACUCAACCUUUGCGAGGAUGUCAGUUCCACCAAACGCAGGAGGAAGACAGAUGGAUGCUGUGGUCAUUUGAAUUCCUUGUCUGCCAUCAAGUAUGCAAUCGUGUCCCUCUACAUCCUGGUCCUUCUGAGCAUUUUUGGUCUCUGCAUUGCAGUGUCCAGGUCACAGGUGUCCUCUGAGAAGCAGGAAGCUCUGCUGGAAAACGUGACCAGGCUAAACGAUCGUUCCAGGAACCUCCAGGAGUCUCUGGGCCAGCUCUCCUCCCAGAACGACUUUUUGGAGAACAUCUGGAAGCUGGAGAGCCUCUUCCACAACCACAGCGAGAUCCUGCAACAGCUCAGCCAAGCUAUCAAGGGUCUGGAGAAAGACGUCAGGAUGCUGCAAGAGCAAUCCCAGAACACGGCAGGCUCCGUAGCAACACUCGGCGACCAUCUCAGCACUGUCAGCCUCACCAGCUACCGCAAUGCCACGAACUUGGCCGCCGAGCUAACCCGAGCCACUGUCUCGCUUCGCGAGCAAGACGUGUUGCUACGGGAGACGGCAGGGCAUGUGGAGAGCCUUAGAGAACGUGUGGAGGAGGUGGGGUGGACGGUGGGUUCCCUGAACCAUUCACUCGGCUCCGACAUCAACCUUCACCAACUGAAGAUCGAGGACCUUCAGGUGCAGAUUGGUAACAUGACGCAGGACACUAGGAGCAUAAGGAUCACACAGAUCCACCUCGAGGAACAGCUGAGGAACGAGAUUGAGAUCCUGAACGUGGUCACAGAGGACCUCCGCCUCAAAGACUGGGAGCAUUCUAUGACUCUUAAGAACCUCACCAUAAUCAAGGGGCCUCCCGGUCCAAAAGGUGAAAAGGGAGAUAUAGGUCCAUUGGGCCCUGCAGGUCUACCGGGUCUUACAGGAGUAAGAGGCCUGCCUGGAGAAAAGGGCAUCCAGGGUCCGCAGGGGUUGAAAGGAUCGGGCGGUCAAGACGGUCCCCCUGGAGAGAAAGGAGAUAUCGGACCAGAAGGGCCCAAAGGUCAAAGAGGAGAGAGAGGGCUGAAAGGUGAAAAAGGCGACCGGGGGGACAGAGGAGAUAAGACAGUGGAGGACACUCUGGUGAGGCUGGUGAAUGGAUCGGGUCCUCACGAGGGGCGUGUGGAGGUGUUUCACGAGCGGCGGUGGGGGACGGUGUGUGACGAUGUCUGGGACAAGAAGGAUGGAGACGUGGUGUGUCGAAUGCUUGGAUUUAAAGGAGCCAGAGAGAUCCACAAAACAGGGCGAUUUGGACAGGGUGUAGGGCUGAUUUGGAUGGAUGACGUGGCUUGCGUAGGAACAGAGGAUACCAUUCACCAGUGCAAAUUCUCUGGCUGGGGCAAAACCAACUGCGGACAUGUUGAGGAUGCUGGGGUGACGUGUAACACCUAA